AUGGCCGGACAAAUUGGCAAGGAAAUCUACAAACUGUCAGCACGCCCAUUUAUCCUUGAACGAGAAGGCAACUAUGAAGAAGCCAUCAAAGUCUACAAGGAUGCCAUUGAAGCCCUGGACACGACAGCAAAGAAGUACAAGAAAGGGAGCAUGCCCAAGAUAAACCGCAAGAUGUUCGAGCGGCAAGUGCAAGUGCAUCGAGAACGACUCGCCUAUCUCGAGGAGCUCAAACAGAAGGGUACUUUCGAGAAUAUCAUACGGCCACCCACAAUUCUGGAUGCCAUGGAAGAAUUGGAGGAGCAAGAGGGGGACGGUCAGCUGACGCUAUCCCAGGUACGAUGGACCUCAAGUGAUAUUAUCUGCAUAGCUGAUCCCAUCAUCCUACAGAUCCGCAGAGGCCUGCAUAGCCACCAGAAAGAUGCAGACCAGAAAGAUAGUGAGGUGCCAUCCCACCUAAAACCAUUUGUCAAUGUUGCGGACUCUUCCCAGAUUCCGUUUUUCACACCGACCCUGCCCUCCACAGCGGAGCCUGUAACAUACCGCAUCUCGAACUCUUCUGAGCUGGUGGCUCUCGGUAAACGCUCACACUGGAUCUUUGUUAAGGAUUCCACCAACACGCACGUGCUUUAUGCUCUUCAGGCAGUAUGGAGCGACGAGGCCCCGAUUGUGGAAGCAAUCCUGCGUCGCGCGGGCGAGUUUCUCCCUCAGGUAGGCGCCGUGACCGUGAGGCUUCGCAAGACACGAGGGGGGAGCUUCCGACUGGUGACGAGCACCAUACCGGAUAUAGGCACCAUUGUCGAGAUCCCUGACGGCGAGGCUCGCCGGAAAGACUGGUCGCCGCGCCGAUUCCAGUAUGGUGGACGCAAUUUUGUGUGGAAGAGCGGUCGGGCUGACGGCAAGAGAGCAGAUGGUGGUGUGUUUCGAUCUUUCGCAUGGGAGACUCUCUACGAGACCAAGAGGGUGUGGCCGAAGAGUGGAAGCAAAACCGGGAAGAUGGAAGACGAGACGGCAGGGCCCCGACUGUGCUGGGGAGAGAAAGGACGGGAGAAUGGAGCAUUAUCUUCUAUCCAUAUGGUGGGAGGGCUGGACAUGCAGUUCCGGGAGCAUUUGCUGGCCGCACAGCUGGCCAGACUUGUACGAUGCUCUCUUCCUCCGAAGAAAGAGGAGCCACCAGCAGCAGGAGCGUUAGAAACAGUGUCUGCAGGAUUGGGUCUGCUGUCGCUGCUGGCAGGAUGA